CGGAGUGCUCCGUCCUCUCGUUCCCGAGCUACCCCACCAUUCCCCGCAUCUUCUUGGCGAGUUGAAACUGCAUUGAAACUGAAUUUCAAAUGUCAACAGAGGGGCACGUUUGUGUCAUCUGAAUUUUGGCCAGACCGUAUCAUGACUAUCGCGCUUCCUACCGCAUUGUCAUAACCCAACUUCAUCUGUCAACCUUUUCACGAACUCCUGGCACCUAUACGACUUCUACUGGAUCUCGAAUACCGUUUCUCUCGCCCAACCAAAUACUUCAUAAUGCAUAUUCUCGUGGUCAACGAUGACGGGCCGCCGUCGCCCCAUUCGUCUCCCUACGUGCACUCUCUGGUGAGGGAGCUGCAGUCGCACGGCCACGUCGUCUCGGUCUGCCUCCCGCACACGCAGCGCUCGUGGAUCGGCAAGGCGCACAUGAUCGGCCAGACCGUCAAGCCGCUGUACUACCGCCCGCCACCACCCACAGCUCCCGCCGCGGGCCUGAUGCACGAAGACGACGAAGAUGAGCAGCAGCGCCACCCAGAACCCAAAACGGGAGCGUCGUCUGUCUCGGCCGCAGCGCAAAAACAGGAAGGGAAAGCGAAACCUAACAGCGGCCAGCCGCGCCACGGCACGACGCACACGCGGCCCAGCACGCGGCCGGGCACGGAGGAGUGGAUCCUGGUGGACGGCACGCCGGCGUCGUGCGUGCAGAUCGGGCUGUACCACUUCUUCCGCGACCGCGGGCCGGUCGACCUGGUGGUCAGCGGGCCCAACUACGGGCGCAACACGACCGCCGUCUUCGCGCUCAGCAGCGGCACCCUGGGCGGCGCCCUCGAGGCCGCCCUGUGCCGCCACCGCGCCGUCGCCCUGAGCUACGCCUUCUUCUCGCGCAACCACGACACGGCCAUCAUCGAGAAGGCCAGCCGCCAGGGCGUGCGCGUCAUCGAGGCCCUCGUCCGCGACUGGCCCGCCGACGGCAGCGUCGACCUGUACAGCGUGAACAUCCCGCUGCUGGAGGGGCUCGAGGAGGGCAAGGUGCUGUUCACGAACAUGCUGCAGAAUUAUUGGGACGCGGGCAGCUGUUUUACCGAGGUGGACGGGAGCGUGGACGGGGAGGAGGAGGACGAGGAGCGCAUCCGCGAGGAAGAGGGCGAGCUCGAGGAGGAAGCAGUGGACGGCAGUAGUGGUGGUGGUGCCAAGUUGGCGUGCCAUACGCAUAAGCACUUCAAGUGGUCGCCGCGCUUUGCCGAUGUGUACAAGAGCGUGGAUGAGGCGCCGCCAGGAAACGACGGGUGGGCGGUUAAAGUCGGGCAUACAAGUGUCACGCCGCUCAAGGCCAACUUCUUCCAGGCUUCUACCCAUAUGCAUGGCAAGGAGCUGCGCUUGGGUCAAUCUCGGAGCUCGACCUUUGGAGUGGUACCGCAGCCACCAACCACUGGUGAAGCCACAUCCUCCGCUCAGACUCUCCCCAUCCGGGAAACCGGGAGGCCUCUCGUCCACGCCCUGAUCGAUUACGACGACGACUACGUGCAGCCUCUGAUCAUGUCAGCCAUGCGGUCGCUGCUGCCACCAGAGAGCUACACCCUCGUCAAGCCACCGUCGACCUGGUCUUCUUCAUCUCCGGACAUCUCCCUGGCGGAGCUCUUCCCCGAGCCCGGGGCCAGAAUCCUCCAGAUCAUGCCUUACGAGAGCCUCGACUUCGACUACGCCGCCAGCCACCCCGAGACGUGUCUGAUCAACAGUUACAUGAUCCGCAAGGCGCUUAUCCGGAAGCACUUCCUGUCGGCGACCGUGGACGCCUGGGUGGCGAAGCACCCGGACUCGGCCCUCAAAACCCACGUAAAGCGCAGCGAGGCGUUCGAGGUGGAUUAUGCCGAGUUCCUGGACGACGCCCUGGUCGAGGCGUUUGACCUGCGGGAGAGCAUGGAGAGGAACGCGGCAGCGCAGCACGGCGACGGUGGAAAUGACGCCGAGAGCGUGGCGGAGCAAGGCGAAACGACAGCAGCCGAGAAGACGCCAGAUGUCACCGAGUGGUGGAUCCUCAAGCCCAGCAUGAGCGACCGCGGCCAGGGCAUCCGGCUGUUCAGCACGAUGGAGCAGCUACAGGAUAUCUUUGACGGGUGGGAGGCCGAGAGCGAAGACGAGGAGGACCAAGAUGACGACGCGGAACGUGGCGGAGCCCGCACAGGCGGCCACGACACGGACAAGGACGCCAUCACGACGUCUCAUCUCCGCCACUUCGUCGCGCAACCCUACAUCCACCCCCCCUUGCUCCUCCCCGCGCUCAACAACCGCAAGUUCCACAUCCGCGUCUACGUCCUCUGCGUCGGCAACCUGUCCGUCUACGUCUACAGCGACAUGCUGGCCCUCUUCGCCGCCAAGCCCUACCAAGCCCCGUCUGCGUCCCACCUCGACCUCGACGCGCACCUCACAAACACCUGCCUGCAAACCUCCUCCUCCUCCUCCCCCUCUUCAACAGCAGCAACCCAAGACCUAGUGCACACCCUCCGCGCCCUCCCGCUGCCGCCGCACCUCGCCGCCUCCGUGCCGGCCCAGAUCUACGCCGUGACAGGCGACCUCUUCGAGGCCGCCGCCCGCGCCAUGCCUGCGCACUUCCGCCCGCUCGCCCACGCCUUCGAGGUCUUCGGCCUCGACUUCCUGCUCGACGCCGCCGGCAACGCGUGGCUGCUUGAGGUCAACGCGUUUCCGGACUUCCGGCAGACCGGCGCCGGCCCCGCCGCCGAGGUCGUCCGCGGCUUCUGGAGGGGCGUGGUGAAUAGGGCGGUGAGGCCGUUCGUUCUGGGCGGUGGUGGGGCGGCGGCAGCAGGGGGUGGUGCUGCUGGUGCUACUGCUGGUGCUGGUGCUACUGCGGGGGAUGAUGGGAUGGUGUUGGUCCGGGAGGUGGAUUUGGGGAGGAAGUGGUGAUAGGGGGCGGAAGGGGGAGGAGGGGGGGCGGGGUUGCAUGCAGAGUUGGUUGAUAUCAAGCCUUCGGGCUGCUUGGCUUUGGUUGCAUGAGACCCGUGAAGUAGCCUAUUGUGUGAUUC